GUAGACUUUGUGAGGGUAAAUAAAGUUUGUCUAUAUAUUUUACAUAUGUACAACAACUGUUUCUGUCUUUAAAAAUUCAGUACAUCAAAUGAAAGCUCUAAGAUUUGCUCUUGUUCUCUUUUUAUCACACUGCAGAGCCACGGUAACAGCUUCGGUUAAGUCUACAUUGAGACAAUUAGUACAUCUUGCCAGGGUUUUAUCAUUUCCAGUAGCAGAAUAUAUAAUCCAAACCCUCAAAAUCUUUAACUGGCUUUCAUUUUCACAGGGGGUCCUAAUUCUAGAACUGACCCAUCUGCCAUAGUUCCUGUGUCUUUAGUCCAGGCUCAGGAUAAUUCUAACAAUACAAUGCCUCCAGUUCCUGGUAAUGCUGGUGUCCCUCCAAGGUUGCCUCUACCUAGAGAUGGAUUUUCAACAAGACAGUAUCUUACAUCCUUAGCUCAAUCCGGGACCCUGGAGACUGACAAUGAUUCCACAGUAUCACCAAGAACUGAUACAUCUCAGGGAGCAUGGACACCUACUUCAUCUCUUCCCACUGGUCACUCAAAUGUAAAUCCUGUAAUCCAACUGACCAUUGAAGAUGGUAAGUUGUACCAAGUUGUAAUGCCCAUGACUAUAUGUUCGUGUGUGUUUCGAGAAAAUAAAUUAAUCAAUCAAUCAAUGAAAUAUAAAUACUGGCAUUAAAUAAGAUCCAAUAAGGAAAGACUAUUUUCAUACCCUAUUAUUUAAAAUAUCAUGUCAUUUACAUGAUAAUGGAUCUCUUUUCAUUGACUCUAUAGAUUUUGUUGCCUGCAGUGCUGAUACAAUCAUCAGAAAGAAUUGUGACACCACAACUUAUGUGUGCUGCUGCGAGCUCACAAAAUAUUAAAAGUGAAUAUACUGUAAGGACAGACUAAAACAAUCACAUUACAGUAAAACCCCGGUAGGGAUAUGAAAAACAGUUCGAGUUGGCGGGGACUCCAUUUUUCAGGGUCGAUUGAAUAUCCAACUUGCCAUGUUAAAAAUUGAUAUUUUGCCGAGUUUUUCAGCACUUCAGUAUACAGUGACAGCUAAAGGUACCGCAUCCAGUAUGACUCAUAGGAUCGGGAAAUGACUGUCACUAAUUAAUAUCAAAUUGCUGUGGUGUUAGAUUUGAGUGUGUUUACCAAUUACAGGACAAGAAAACCAAAUGGGAUGACAUCCCUGUUAAGUUACAUGAACCAGAAUUCGAGUUAUCAGGGUAAAUUUUUAUCAAGGGCAAUGAAAUUUGGUUCGAGUUAGCGGGGAAUUCGAGUUAUCAGAGUUUGAGUUAACCAAGUUGAAAUGACUGAAAAGUGGGGACAAAUCCAAUGAAAUGGGACUUGGUUCGAGUUAGCAGGAAUUCAAGUCAUCUGAGUUUGAGUUACCGGGGUUCUACUGCACUGUUAAAACUGCAAACAUUUACAUACAAAUUGGUUGCCAUGGGAAUGGGAUACAACUGCUAACAUUGUCUUCCACAACUACAGAUGCCGAUUUACAACAAAGUCCAUUUGAGAAUUCUGUCAUAGUACUGGACCAAAUUCAAGGUAACUCAUUUUUUUAAUUAGCCCAUCCAGGCUUUUAUCCAGGAUUUGAAAAGUGGGUGUCCAAAAUGUGCACUAGUGUCUGCUCAAAUGGACAUUUAUAAGGCAACAUAUGAACAAUGAUUUUCUUUAAGAAUAGGCCGUCCACAAGACAACCUGGACACUCAUCUGGCAAAUUGCCUGAGCUCAGCCCAUUGACUC